AUGACACACAUAACCUCACCAAAAGUUGCUCUCGCAGCAGGGACUCACACAUGGGAACCAACCCCAGAAAGUGAAGCAUUCCAAGAUGAAAUCCUUCAGAUCAUUCGUGCUCAUGGAAUCACCAAACUUGACACCGCCCGAUCAUAUGGAAUGGGUGCAUCAGAAACUACUCUUGGAAAUAAAAACCUCGCAGCAGAGUUUGCUGUAACUACCAAAUCGCCAACCGCAUCUCGCGGAGCAGGGAAGCGAGAGAACAUUUUCGCAGCGGCGAAAGAAAGCUGGGAUGCUCUGAAAACAGAGAAGGUUCCAUUCUACCUCCUCCAUGGCCCCGAUGAGACGGUUUCCGUCGAAGAAACCUACUCUGCAAUCCAAACUCUCUAUGAAGAAGGACGCUUCGAAAAGUUCGGCCUCUCAAACUUCACCCGAGAACAAGUCCUCGAAUACUACAACCACGCCAAAGUCCACAAUCUGAUCCUCCCAACCAUCUACCAAGCAUCCUACAGUCCUGCCGUCCGCCUUAACGAAACCCUUCUCUUUCCGACGCUUCGAGAACUCGGAAUAUCAAUCCAAGCUUACUCACCCAUGGCCGGCGGUUUCCUCUCCCGCACUGCCUCUGAACUCACUUCCCCCGCUAAGGGAGGGAAAUGGGAUCCCGAGAUGCCAGUCGGGAAGUUCUACCGUACUCUGUUCUUCAAGCCUUCAUAUCUUGCGUUUUUGAAAGAAUGGGAGAAAUUAGUUAAUGAGAGUGGGGUUAGUAGAGUUGGUCUGGCGUACAGGUGGGUGAGGUAUCAUUCUGUGUUGAAGGGGGAAUUAGGCGAUGAGAUGAUUAUUGGUGCGAGUAGUGCAAGGCAGUUUGAGGAGGCUUUGAUUGAGAUUGAGAAGGGACCGUUGGAGGGGUGGGUGGUGGACCGUAUUGAGGCGUUUUGGGAGGGUGUUAAGGCUGAUGCAGAGGUGGAUCAUUUGAGGGCUUUCAGAGCGGUUUUUCUUGGGUAUUGA